GGAGCUUUGUAACUCGCAGCCCCUCCACCAGCCCCCUCGGAGACCCCCAUCAGGAAACCGUGUCUAGCUCAGCCAAGAAGUGCCCGUCGGGCAGCGCGUUCCGCGGGGACGCCCAACCUGUCAGCAUUUGGAUUUUCUUACCGAGUAAAACUUUCAAGUUUGUUACCCAGCCGUCAAGACUGUAAAUCCUGCGGGCACCUGGCGGGUUGCUGGACCUACGCCCCAAACGUUGGAGGGUCCCGGGAUUCUUGAGCUGUGCCCAGCUGACGAGCUUUUGAAGAUGGCACAGUGACUGCCCAGCAAUGCCCGACCAUGACAACACAGCCCUCCUAAGCCGGCAGACCAAGAGGAGAAGAGUCGACAUCGGAGUGAAGCGGACAGUUGGGACAGCGUCUGCAUUUUUCGCGAAGGCCAGAGCGACCUUUUUCAGUGCCAUGAAUCCCCAGAGCUCAGAGCAGGAUGGGGAGUACUCGGUGGUGCAGCACGCAGACGGGGAGAAGUCCAACGUGCUCCGCAAGCUGCUGAAGAGGGCGAACUCGUACGAAGACGCGAUGAUGCCUUUUCCAGGAGCGACCAUCAUCUCCCAGCUGUUGAAAAAUAACAUGAACAAAAACGGUGGCAGCGAGCCCAGUUUCCAAGCCAGCGGCCUCUCCAGCACGGGCUCCGAAGUCCAUCAGGAGGAUAUAUGCAGCAACUCUUCGAGAGACAGCCCUCCCGAGUGUCUUUCCCCGUUCAGCAGGCCCGCCCUGAGCCAGUUCGACAUGGAUCGCUUCUGUGACGAGCACUUACGAGCCAAGCGCGCCCGGGUGGAGAACAUCAUCCGGGGCAUGAGCCAUUCCCCGAGCGUGGCGCUGCGGGGCCACGAGGCCGAGCGGGAGAUGGCGCCACAGUCAGGGAGCCCCCGGGAAAGUUACCGGGAGAACAAGCGCAAACAGAAGCUGCCGCAGCAGCAGCAGCAGAGUUUCCAGCAGCUGGUGUCGGCCCGCAAAGAGCAGAAGCGUGAGGAGCGGCGGCAGCUGAAGCAGCAGCUGGAGGACAUGCAGAAGCAGCUGCGCCAGCUGCAGGAGAAGUUCUACCAGAUCUACGACAGCACGGACUCGGAGAACGACGAGGACGGCGAUCUGUCGGAGGACAGCACGCGCUCCGAGCUCCUGGACGCCCGGGCUCCCGACUCGGGCGGCCGCUCCGACACCGAGCUGGACCCGGGCCAGUUCAUCGACCGGGCCCGGGCCCUGAUCCGUGAGCAGGAGCUGGCCGAGAACAAGCCCAAGCGGGAGGGCAGUGGCCACAAGGACCGUGAGCUGGGGCCCCACCCCGGAGGCAAGCACCUGGCCGAGACCCUGAAGCAGGAGCUCAGCUCAGCCAUGUCGCAGGUGGUGGACACGGUCGUCAAGGUCUUCUCAGCCAAGCCCUCCUCCCGCCAGGCGCCUCAGGUCUUCCCCCCCGUCCAGAUCCCCCAGGCCCGCUUUGCCGUCAAUGGGGAGAACCACAAUUUCCACACGGCCAACCAGCGCCUGCAGUGCUUUGGCGACGUCAUCAUCCCCAGCCCCCUGGACUCGUUCGGCAGUGUGCAGAUGCCCGGGGCCACGGACCAGACGGAGGCCCUGCCCCUGGUGGUCCGCAAGAACUCCUCUGACCAAGGGGCCUCCGGGACCCCCGCCGGUGGCCACCACCAGCCCCUGCACCAGUCACCCCUGUCGGCCACGGCGGGCUUCACGGCGUCCACAUUCCGCCACCCCUUCCCCCUGCCUCUGAUGGCCUACCCGUUCCAGAGCCCCCUCGGUGCUCCCUCUGGCUCCUUCUCAGGCAAGGACAGAGCUUCUCCCGAAUCCUUAGACUUGACUCGGGAGACCACGAGUCUGAGGACCAAGAUGUCGCAUCACCUGAGCCAUCACCCCUGCUCUCCAGCGCAUCCGCCCAGCACCGCCGAAGGCCUCUCCCUGUCGCUCAUCAAGUCCGAGUGUGGUGACCUUCAGGACAUGUCUGAAAUCUCACCCUACUCGGGAAGUGCAAUGCAGGAAGGGCUGUCACCCAAUCACUUGAAAAAGGCCAAGCUCAUGUUCUUUUAUACCCGUUACCCCAGCUCCAACAUGCUGAAAACCUACUUCUCCGACGUGAAGUUCAACAGGUGCAUCACCUCCCAGCUCAUCAAGUGGUUCAGCAACUUCCGUGAGUUCUACUACAUCCAGAUGGAGAAGUUCGCACGCCAGGCCAUCAAUGAUGGUGUGACGGGCACGGACGAGCUGUCCAUCACCAGGGACUGCGAGCUCUACCGGGCCCUGAACAUGCACUACAACAAAGCCAACGACUUCGAGGUUCCAGAGAGAUUCCUGGAAGUUGCGCAGAUCACCUUACGAGAAUUUUUCAACGCCAUUAUCGCAGGCAAAGAUGUCGACCCUUCCUGGAAGAAGGCCAUAUACAAGGUCAUCUGCAAACUCGACAGUGAAGUUCCCGAGAUUUUCAAAUCCCCGAACUGCCUGCAAGAGCUGCUUCACGAGUAGGAAUCUCAGCGCCUCUUUCUGAAUGUAUGAAAAGUCGCUGUCCCCCCCCUUGGAUGCCCCCCGGUGUACGUGUCUGGACGUUGAUUUCCUGUGGCGUGUACGGGAGGCAUGGAUAUGUUAUGAAAUCAGCUGGUAAUUGCCCGAUUCCUCCUCCUCCUCCUCCUCCUCACCUUUCUCUCAUGUUCUUUCCUUGCCCACUACAGGGGAUGGUUCUUUCCCUUUUGCCUUUAGUUCACUUUUGCCCAAGGCCCUUAACAUUGGGAGAUUUCAAAUAGGGUUGAUUUUCUGGGACAGAGAAAGUUGGCGUGUGGAAAGGAGAUCUAAGUGAGGAAGAUGUGCAUGAGAGAUGCUUCCUCUUGCUCUAGUUCUUGCAAAGAGUAGCAGCUGGCCAGGCCCUCACCAGACAGUGCUGUGCCUCUUCCUCUGGCCGCUGAGAUGGCCAGAAAACUCAAUGAAACCCUGUCAUGAGCUUAACUAGUUUGUUUGGCUUUAAACCCAGUCAAAAUCUUUUUCUUCGAUGUUUUUAAAACAUCACUGAUGGCCAACAAAUCUUUUGAAAAGUACCUGCCCCCGCCCCCAAGACCAAGAUGCAAAAGUUCUGAUGAGCCUUUCUUCAGAGAAAUGGCCAGCCCCUACCCCAACUCCCAAACUAGCCACACCAACCUCUUCUGGUGGUGAAGCAAUUUUGCACAAAAUCAGCUCUUUCAAGAUGGGACUGGAAAUCCCCUUAGUUGCAUGGUCAAGUCUCCAUCCUGGGUGUCAUAGACCUUGGCCCAUGGAGCGGUUCUGACCUCGCUUCUGCUUGCUAUUUAUCAUGUUUUAGAUAUUAAAUGACUCCUAAGUUUGAAAUGUCCUCUUCACUCGACGUGUCUGUAUGCUUACAAGAAUUAUUAUUUGCCUCAUUGAACACCUUUUCUUCCCCCACUUUCCAAGUCCCUUUCUGUAGUAAGGAACAGAGACACCGGAACUUGGCUAGGCAUUUGUGCCUCUUCUGGAGCAUGGGGAAACAGCCCCAGGCUCUCUCAUCUCCAGAGGGCCUCGAGGGUUGGAAUAAGCCACUUUCGUGGACAAUUCCACACCAGCCUGAUGAGUAUUCAGAGUGGGGCCAGUCAAAGGAAGUGUUUAUUCACUUGAAUGUUCCUGACUAAGUCUCCUCUUAGCCAGAAGCUAGAGUGACCAAAGCGAGGGAUGUAGGUGUAGUAUAGCUUGAAGGUUUGGGGGUGCCCGUGGGCCAGAUCUCAGCAUGCACAGGAAAGCUAGCUGCUGUUCAAUGCUUUCUUCCAUGGUUCUCCUCCUCCAUUUAUUUCUUCCUUUCCAGAGGUUUUCAAAAGUCUCUGCAUCCCCUACUUGCUUUUGAAGAGUUGUAGGCAUUGACACUUCUUGGAUCAGCUGGGCAGAUGCAGUAAGAAUUUCUCAUUUAUUCAAAUAGCAUCAUAGAACCCUUUUGCUGUUGCUAUUUGGAUUCACGUGAACCCAAUGACUCCAUUACAGAGAACCUAAGCACCAUUUUCCCCUACCCCAAAUUGUCCCCAAGCUCCACUUGACUGGAGCGAUGCAGGGUCACCUCUCCAUGCAGAUUCUCCUUCCUCGGUGGUCAGAGGAUCUUUUAUGUGGCUUGAAACUCGCUGCUGAACACAACUGGCCAGCAUGACUCUUAGCACAAAGCCUUGGAUCCUGCUGGCAUCAGUGGCACCAUCUUUGUACCACUCAGGUGCCAUGGACAGAGGACAGUGGUCUGGGCCAAACACCACCACCACUUUGCUUUGUUCAGCGUCAAAACCAGACCCGGCCCAACUCCCUAAUCCCAUCAGCUUCACUGUGUCCUCAUUCUGGCAUCUCACUAGAACAAGAAUGAAACCAUGAUGGUCAGAUGACCAUGACAUUGGAAUCAAAUGCAAACCUCCCCCUGCCAAAAAACAAUUCAAUCAGUGCACAGUAGGAAAGCAAAGUCUCUGAUGUCUCAUCCCCAUUCCCUGCUCUCAGGGAGCAAGAAGGGGGCCAGCCUUUCUCCCUGGGAGCCAGGGGUCUCUGCUCUCCCUGGAAUCAGAUCAGCACAGGGUUGCCAUUUGCAAUAGGCAGGCAAACAUGGGGACUUUCACUUACAGACACACUAAAAUGGUACCUUUGCAAUCUGGAGCAGGUUUGGUUUCCUGACCAAAUGUCUUUAGAUCUUUCUUUAGUGCUAUUCCUCCUUUCUGGUAGAAAUUUCAUAAGUACCAGAGUGGGCUCAUUACUGAAUGUUUAUGCUCAUACCCUCUGCAUGUUCCAGAGAUCUGGACAAGAACUCAGAGUAGAAACUGAGGCAGCAGGAGAAUGUCACCUCUUGGUUCUAGAACUCUCUCCAUCACUUUGCUCCUAGGUAUUUCCCCCCAUUUUGCAAUUGGAAAAUCUUGUGCCUCCCAGUACCUGAGAAAAGGACAAACACUGAGAGUUCCUAAGUGUACAGGUUUGAGGUGUAUAUCUUUCAAAUCUUCACCCCAUUUCCACUGGAUGAGAUUCAUUCUUCUGGAGACAGUUAACUCCCUGACGAGGGGGUAUAAAGAAUGAGGGAUAGUUGACAGGAAAACUCUCAAGUCCAUGCUGAAAUACCACAUUUUCGCUUCCUACUAAUCCUAAACUGUUUUUUGUAUGUUCACUUGAGGGUAUAGUCUGUGCCUAGUCCGAAAACGCACCAGCUGGAGGGAUUUUUUUCUUUUAAAGAAAUCCUUCAAAAUACCAGUUAUUUUCCACCGAUACAGUUGUCGUUGUGCCUUCUGUGGCUUCUGAUUCCAUCGUCUGACUUUAUUUCCAAUUUCUACCGCUGCAAUAAACACUGGUUCCUUUCUGGCUGUUGGACAUGACAUUGAUAGCUAUGCAUACUUUGUGUCUUUUUCAAACAAACCGGAGACUACACUUUUGAAGAAAAGAGUUUUUAAAACAGUUUGAUAUCACAAAUUAUUUUUUCCUCAAUUGUUUGAGCAGCAUUUGAGUUUUGAAAAUUCUUGUAGAAGCCAAUUUUUUGUAACUGUGGUGCAGAUCUUGUGUUUUCUUAGCCUAAUGAAAAGUAGUAUAGAAGCAAUAUUUCAUGCCCUGUGCUCUAAAUGUGUGUGCAUGUAUGCACACUUACAGAUAUAUACACACGGAAAAACAGACAUAUAUGUUGUGUGUAUGACACGCACAGCUUACCUUUCCCUAUCUAGAUUUGAGGACCUGUUUUAGAGCUUUGUUAUGCUUUCUGAAAAGAAUGUUCUAUUUGCAACAAGAAAAUAAGAAUUCUUACUGUAUCUCUGGCUAUUUCAUGAGGACACUUUACAAUCUGGGGCCAAGCAGCACGGAAGAUGAUAGAAUGUAGUGAUUCUUUAAGGAACCAUUCACCCACCUACUCCUCAAGUUUGCUUUAUACCUGUCUUAUUUCAUGAAAGGAUUUCUUUUGCAGAAUCUUUGUUGUGCUAGGGAUGUGGGUGAAGAACAUUAAAAAAAAUUCAAAACAAACAAAAAAAGCAAAAAGAAAAACACGCAAGCAAGAGGGGAACUUUUACAAAGCAAUGUAAAUAUUUCAUGCCAUAGUCGUUGUUGGGUCCGAUCUGGGAUCUGAAGACUCACUCUUACCACCUCUGCUGAAUUGAUCACCAGCUCUCCAGUGACUGUGGAGACACUGGAAGCAUUUCUCCUCAUCCUACCCUCUCUUUUUAAAAGGGGACAUUUGAUCCACUGGCAAGUGUGAGGGUAAUGUAGCUUUUGUAAAUUUAUAUUUCUUUUUCUAUGUACAUGAAGACAUUUAAUGAUUAACUCCCUGAACACACACACACACACACACACAUACACACACUCAUGCACACGCACAUGCAUACACACAGAUACAGACAGACAGACACAGAUACAGGUUGCUAUUAAGUUGGAAAGAUAAAGAUUUGGGGGCUUUCAAUAGAGAAUGUGUCCCCUCCCAAAAGCAUCAUAAGUAAGUUCAUCAAAGAAGAAAAGUGGCCUGCAGACUCCUUGAGAGCCACAGUGUCCCUGUAAAAAGACAGAACCCAACCUGUUUGCCAUGUAUAUUAUAGAGUAUUCUUCAUUGGUGUGGAUAGUACACGUUUCCUUCUGGUACAGACUCUGUGUUUGCAGAUCCCAAGAAGCAUUGUUUUCAAAAAGCUCCCCUUUGAAGACUGUAACUGAUUUCUAGGAGUAAGCAGUUCCCGUAUUGCACUUAAAUGUUAUGUUGGAAGAAAUGCAAUUUUGUUUUUGGUAGAUCUGUUGGUUGUAAACCGUCUAUAAAACUCUCAGCUGGGAUCAGAGGUGGUUUUUCACCUUCUCACCUUCUUCUAAUUACCCUUCUAAGAUUCUAACAGAACACAGAAGCACGUAGACGGAGUCUUUCCAACUCAGCCCUCUCUGACCCGACGCUCCUGAAAAGCACAGGCGUGAGCGAGAAAGGCAAAGCACGUGCCCCCUUUGGGACAGUGCCACGUUCUGUGCUUUUGAAAUAUUCUGUUCCUUCCCCUAGGUGGAAAAACACGAUGAAAUUGUCUAUUACUGCUUCAAGAUUAAAAUGAGAAAAGCAAAGUCUUUGGGCUUGGUUUCAAAAAUACCUAGAAGAAACAAAGGCCAUGGCGCCCCAAUACUGUCCCAGCCAUUUCUCAUAUGUAUAUAGAAUAAACCGUGUCAAAACACUGCCUUUAUAUUAUUUAGCAAUAUGUUGUAAAUAGCAUUAAGCUCUUUUUUUUUGUAAUAAAGACCCUUUGAUUUGAAUAUAGUACAAUAACUGAACUGAUACAGUCAAUUUUGGGGUUUUGUUGUUGUUUUUUUUUAAAGCUAGAGGCAAUUUCAAUUGUGGAAUUUUUUGUUGUUGUUGUCUAUUGUUCUGAAGACUUUGCAUAAUUUAUUGGUUUAAUUUAUCCUAAUUUAUUUGAUGAAGGUGUACAAUUUUGUAUUACCAAGGAUGUACUGUAAUAUUAAUUGAUAUGAUAAAAAAAAUGAGACUCCCUGUCCAUAUUUAAAAAGAAACUAAAAAGGUGCAGUAGACAAUUGAUUUUGAAGUCAAAAUGAAAAAAUGUAGUUUGGCAGCUACUAAAUAUUAAAACAGGAAACAAAAUAUGCUGGGGGGCGGGGGUGGGUUUCCUUUGUGUGUUUGAAGCUUUUGUAUGACUCUCCCAACUCCGACCUUUGCUUUGUACCACUAAGAGGAUACAGUAGUGGGAUCGCCUUCUGUGCCUUCCAUCUUCUCUUAAACUGAAUGUAUGUGCGUAUAUAUGCAAGCUUGUGCAAAAUAAAAUAGACAUGACAA